CCAAAGAUACUUUCAUUUGUCUCUUUCAAGAAACCUCACAUUUCUUCUCUUCUUCAUCAUCAUUUAUGUUCUUUUCGAAAAAGAACAUAAAAAAAGGCCAGUUAUUCUUUCAGUUUUGGUUGGUGAUGACUUACUGAUAAAUGGAUGACUUGUAAAAAAUCUCAAAACCAGUUCAAGAUUCACAUCAAUCUAAAUAGUUCUAUGACUAGUAAAGUCAAUUGAGUCUUUGCCAAUUUUGCAUCUGAUUAAAAUCCUCUACAAAGUAAGCUUUUUUUCUGUUUCAGUUUUGAGUUUCACUGGGUUGUUAGAUCUUGCUUUGCUUUAUAGCCCUUUUCUUGUGUUUUUAGCCAAUUUCUAUAUAUCUUUAAAUUGAUUAAGUUGUUGCUGCAAAAUCUUGAAUCCCAAUUUAAGAAAGUUGGGUUCUUUGUGAAUGAUUACCCCUCUUGAGUAAUUGACUUUUGAUGGGCUGUUGUUGGUCGUUGGGAAAGAUCAUUCUGUAGUUUGUUUAUUGUGUUCUUUUUAUAAAUUUGGAAUCUUGAAUCCCAAUUGAGAUGGACGAAAGUGGUACUAUGUUGACCGACUUUUGUGGAUCUAGCUUGCUUUUAACACUGCCUGGUGAUGUGUUUGCUUUAGUAAGUAAAUCACUUUCACCAAGGGAUCUAUGUAAUCUUGGUUUAUGCUGUAGAAAUUUGCAUGAUUCAGCUGCAUGUGACAAGGUUUGGCUUUCACAAUGCGAUAUGCUCAGGGUUGUUCCUUGUAAGGACCUUAUUGAAUGGCGAAAAGGAGUUUGUUCCUACAAGGCGCUUUGUCGCUUCCUUGUAGGGAUAAAGCCUUUGCUUGGUAUUUGGGUUCACCAAAAUCCUGAACUCGGCAACGUUGUUUAUGUUAUGCCUGGUUUUAUCUCCGCGGUUGCUUGUCGGAUCAUUCCACAAGAACUCGGCCCAUUAGGCAUCGAAGACGGGCCGAUUUUGUGGUCCCCUGUGUUUGAAGUUGUUUCUGAUUUCGAGGGCUCUGCGAAAUUUUUCCUUCAUGGUAGGGAGAGUGGAAAUGACUAUGUUUAUCCCGGUUUGCUCAAGAAAGUCGACCGGACUUGCAAUGUGCUUCUGUUAGAGGUUGAGCCUCAACAACACACAAGUGGUGCCCACAGCAUUGUGCCCUUUGGUCGGCUUGCAUUUGUUGAUAGGAGAAAGUUGCUCGACACAGUUACUAACCAAGUUCGUCAAAUGCUGCCAGAUGCUAAAGAUGACAUAUUAUUUCCUCGUACGAGAGGAGAGGAGGCUGAUUUACGAGAGGAUAUGGAACUCUUGUAUGAAAGGAGAUUGCUACUUAUGAAACUGUACGAUGAUGAUGGUGGUUUUACUGUCUGGAAGGGGGCUGGUUCCGAGUUUCCUUUGAGUGAGUUCACACAGAAUCUUGAUCUGAUAAGUGCUGAUAAUGAGAGUCGGAGUCGGAAGACACUUGCUGAAUAUGUUAGAUACAGUCUUAAAUACAUACUCAAGAAGUCAAACUCUAAGCGUGAUCUUCUUGGAAAGAAUUCGUCUGGCCACGGAAGUAAGCAUGCACAGCUUAAUGAGUUCCUUCAACCAGGUGAUUCGAUAGGGCUGACAUUACAUGCUUCGACUAUGAAGUUAUCUUCUUAUCGUGCUUGGCCAAAUAUGCACGACAGUAAAUUUGCCCUGUACAAGUUGCCUAUGCGGGCCCCAGAAGUGGACGAAGAAUAUGCUGGUGUAUGGGGAGGGACUUUUGGUUGGCCCCCGGGGAAGCUUUCUGAUGAUAAGCCUGGAAAGGCGUUGUUCCUUCUUUUGCUCUCUUAUGAGGAGUCCCAAGGGCAGAAGCUACUUAUCGCGACCAAGAUAUUAGAAGGUACACAUUAUGUUUUGCAUCCUAAUGGCUCAGCUAUGUUUAUAGUGAAUAUUGAAGAGCCUUCAAAUGAUCCGUUCCCUUGGUGCACUGAUGAACACGACUCUAAGCAUGCUUUUACGGGUGAAGGUAUUGCUAACGGGUAUGGUUUCAGGUAUCCUGGUUCGAAACCUGGUUCGCUUUUUGUAAUCGACGAUAAAAUGCUUGCUUUUAUAUGGAAGGAGUCCGGGGCUGUGUUGACCUUGCAGAGGCUUGAUUUGCAAGAGGUUUUGAGCAAGGGGGAAAGAAUUCAUGCUCUACUUCCGGUGUCCAAUUUCGCAUACCUUACUAGGUCCUAUUCAAAUGUGUUUGCCAAUGGUCUAACAAAGGCAUAACAAAUCUUUUGCUAGAAAUGGCGGAACAACACAAAAUAGGUGAAAAACCCGGCGCUUGGUUGUACUUUUAAGUUCGUCUCAAUUCACACUUGCAGGGUGAUUUGAGGUGCGUGCUUCGCAAGUUUCUUUUAGUUUCUUCACAAACAAAACAAAGGCAUGAUAGUAUUGUACUCAACUGCUCGUGCCGUAUGGUUAGAUUCUUCUAUGUUCUAUUCUGUAGUAUUAUAAUGAGGUACCAUUUUCAUAUUUCUUGAACAAUCUUUGUGCUGUUGGUAAUUAUGAAAAAUCACAGUUCCCUUGAAGCAGGAAUGAGGCUGCAGCUUCUCUUGAUAUUAUUUGUUGUAAACUUAUCUUCUAUGAAAAAUUUGAUUGAGUUAA